UAGGGUCUUCGAUAUAUUGAUUAAAAGACUGCCGUACAGAGCUGGGUGACCUGAAGGCUUAAGCCACGCAAAAGAGACUCUCACCCUUAAAUACAUCCCCUCUUCUUUACUUUUAACUUGUUAUAUAUAUGCACCCACAUACAUGCUUAUGCUUCUUCCAUUAGUUAAACAAAAAGUUAAACAUUUUGAGUAACAAUGAGAAGCUUCUUCAUCCUACGUUGCUUCUUGUUAUUCUUCUUUUUGUUCCACCUAGCCUUUGCAGCUGCGGGGAAAAUAUGGAGCAGAACAGAGAUGCUGGAGAUGGCUGGCUACGGUGAACAAAAACUCUCCUCUGUGAUCAUCACUGGAUCACUUAUCUGCAACACUUCACCUUCUCACCUUCACUCCAUAGCUAUUCCAGGUGCUACUGUUGCCAUCAAGUGUCACACUGGAUACAAAAGGAGAUCCAAAUGGAUUAAAGCUGUUACUGAUGAUCUGGGAGAGUUUGAAAUCGAUCUUCCUUCCCAGCUCCACGCAAUUCCAGACUUGGAAAACACGUGUGUCAUCAAGCCAAUACAUGUGCCUGAGCUCUAUAGAUGCCACCACAAUUCGACCAAUACACACAAACGCAUCAAACUUGUUUCCUCUACAAACAGCUUCCGUGUCUACACCUCAGGGAAGAUCAGGCUACAGGGCCACAGUUUGAAAUCAUAGCAAGCUCGCGUGGUGUCAAACAUUUUCAAAAAAAGAUUUAAAACAGAAACAUGAAAAUUCUUAAAAAUCCACUGUGAAAAAGCAUUUUGUAUGGUCCUUCACUUGUUUAGCUGGCGCUUCAGUCACAGAACCAAGUCGAGUCUCUCUUUCAUGUGUCCCACAAUGUAAUUAAGAACGAUGUUUGGAUGAUAAUAUAUGUAAAGGUUCUCAUGAUUUUGAUACAAACAGCAGUACGGUCAAAUUUAUACAAA